AAAAAAAGGAGAAAAUGUGCCAACUUACCAUCCACCAGGUCCUGGCUGAGAUGUCGUAGCAGAGCUGCCAUUUGAUGGAUCCUUCCGAGGUUUUCGCUGCCAUCACGCUGUCAGCAAGCUUCAUCUGAUGCAGCCGCGCUCGCUCGCCGCCGCAGAUAAGACGCCUAAUUGAGAAAACAUUUGCACUGGCAUGUUGGGCAACAUGUAGCCCGCUCCGUACCAUAUGGAAUCAUGGGUAAAAAAAAAAAAAAGGCUCCUUGACAAUGAACCAAUCUCAUGCAGACCCCGUGGCAAGGUGAGCGGCAGUCAUCUGCUCAGAGAGAGGAAACACACACCCCCUCACACACACGCGCACACACACACACACUCACACACACACAGCCCAGCAGAAUGAUGAGCCUUUUUUCCGCAUCGCUGUGCUCCUCGGCUCCUCGCUGCUCCCCCUUUUUUCCCUCCUGGGGUAUAAUUAGGACUCGAUCUCCUUUAUCGCCACCAUCAUCAUCCUCGCCGAAAACACACGAAGAAGAAGAAGAGGAGGACGCAGCCCGGGACGAGUGAACUGACUCCAAACAACUUGUCCAGCUUUUUUACCGUGACUUUAGCGGGACGGAGGGGCAGGUAGAGAGAGAGAGAGAGGGGGAGGGAGGGCGAGAGAGAGAGAGAGAGAGAGAGAGAGAGAGAGAGAGAGGGCUGAGGCUGACGGGGCGAUCACUCCUCCGUACGGACACAUGGAACUGCUUACACUCCAUCACGCCGUGUUUUGGUUUGGCUUUCUCAUCCUUCCUUCCCGCCUUCCUUCCCUCACCCAUCCUCACCCCUUCAUCCCUCCUUCAGCAGAAUGUUCCGGCAUAAAUACCUCUGGACCGAAGGAGCGUCCCGUGGCAGCCGGAGAGGAGAGCCGACCUGAACGAGCCGACCACCGCCGCCGCCGCCAUCCGUCCGUCCGUGUGAAAAACAACAGUAGGUGUUUUAACUUCAGUUUCAGAGAUCAGUCCGAGGGAGACUUCAGCGCCGAACACUGAGAAACAUCCAGUUAGAAAAGUUUAAAAAGUUUAUAAAGAAAAGUUUAAAAAUUUAAAAAGUUAAAAAAGUGAAUUUAAAUGAGUUCAUAAAGUCCUGAAGUUUGAUCCUCUGCCUGUUUUUGUUCUAGAAUAUGAACCUAGAUGUCUUCCUCUAAAAUGAUCCUGAUGAAAUAAACUCAGAUCCUCAGAGAGUUUGUCGAAAAAUAAACACACACACACAGAGCUGCUGUACGUGGGAUUAAACCACAUUUUUAAGUAUUUAGACUUUUAUUUUGAAGGUCAAAGAUUUUGAAUUAAAAACAGGACAGGAUGAUAUUUUUAGAUUCUUCAGUUUUUCUGUCUCAUAGAUCUAUAUUAAUAUCUACUGUAUGAAUAUAUAUCUAUAAUAUAGAUGUUCCAUCAACAGUCUUCCUCAAACAGCAAACAGAGCAAACGUCAGAGGAGGAGAUUAGGAUUAAACAACCGUCUUUAAAAUAAUUCAGAUUAACUGAUGAUUCAGCACAAGUGAGAAAAAACAACAAUAAUAAUUUAGAAAAAAUAAAAUUAACAAUAAUAAUAAUAAUAAUAAGAUGGUUUAGAUGUCUUUAAUGCUGAUGUUACAGUUUAAUUAAAGACUUUUACAGAGAAAAGGUGGAAAAGUCCAGAAAUCCUCUGUGUUUCUUUAAAGGACAAAAAAUAAUCCAGAUUACAUUUUUAAAAUAAUCCAGAUUAAAGUUUUUAAAAUAAUUCACAUUAAAGGUUUAAAUUUAUUUAGAUUAAAGGUUUAAAAUAAUUCAGAUUAAAGGUUUAAAAUAAUUCAGAUUAAAGGUUUAAAUUUAUUCAGAUUAAAGGUUUAAAAUAAUUCAGAUUAAAGGUUUAAAUUUAUUCAGAUUAAAGGUUUAAAAUAAUUCAGAUUAAAGGUUUAAAAUAAUUCAGAUUAAAGGUUUAAGGUAAUUCAGAUUAAAGGUUUAAAAUAAUUCAGAUUAAAGGUUUAAGGUAAUUCAGAUUAAAGGUUUAAAAUAAUUCAGAUUAAAGGUUUAAAAUAAUUCAGAUUAAAGGUUUAAAUUUAUUCAGAUUAAAGGUUUAAAUUUAUUCAGAUUAAAGGUUUAAAUUUAUUCAGAUUAAAGGUUUAAAAUAAUUCAGAUUAAACUCUUAAAUUAUUCAGAUUAAAGUUUUAAAAUAAUUCAGAUUAAAGGUUUAAAAUAAUUCAGAUUAAAGGUUUAAAUUUGUUCAGAUUAUCCUUCCUCACUCUCUGUUUUUACUCGUUUAUCAUCUGGCCUAAACUCCAGAUUCAGAUUAAAAAUAAAAAAUCUCUUUUGUUUAUUUUUCUGGAGUUUGAAUCUCAGAGAUUAACGGAGGUUUUUAAGGGUCUGAGGAUUUUACUGAUCCAGGACCUGGACCUUCAUGGACCAACAGAAAGACGCUCUCUGAAGGUCUCUGCGGGUUUUUCUCCUAACAGGACUCUGAGGUCCUGGUCUGAGUGGACUCCCUGGUUUUGGUGAUCCUCGUCUGUUUGUUGUUUUUUUCGGACAGAUCAGACGGACGGAUCAUGGCGAGCAGUACCAGAGUCCACGCCAACAAACACCAGCAGCUCCGGCCUGAGAGACCCUUUCACUGCGGGGGGGAGGGGUCUGUGGGGGGGGUAAUAAAGGGCUCGGGGGGAGGUGCGGGGGGUCUGUGAGGCUCAGGUUCCUAAUCAGAGGGGGAAUACCUGAACCAGAGCUGAGCCGCCAUCAAACAGUCCUCCCUUUGUGGCGGCCAAACGGAGGAAUGUGAUUCAGCCGGAGAUACGGCGGGAUGUUCGGGUUGUUGGGGGGGUCAGGUACACCGGGCCAGGAGGGGGGGGGGGGUUCAGGGCCGGACGAGCUGACGGUAAGACCGCCCCUCUGACCCUUCCUAACAGCUGUCAUCCAAUCAGAUUACAGAAAGAACCCCCUCCAUCAAACCGAACCGCCGCUACAGUGACCAACACCGACUCUGAGCUCAUCAUGUGACCCGGGUCAGGUUCAGACGGCGGGAGGAUCUGGUUUGUAAAUUAAGAGUCGUCAAAGCGAUAAUAACGGACGAUGGCCGCCAUGAGAGGAACAUCAGCUCGCCGUGGUUAACCAUCGAACAAACCGACUAUGUCCGACAGGUCAGUCACAUGACUCUGGAGUGGGAAUCGCUGCAUAGAAACGACAACUGGACUGAAUCAGAAAUCACUCAGUCCGUUUCCACGACACUCGAGAAAACCGAAUUAUCGCCUUAUUCCGAUAAAGACCGGACAGCUGAAGGUCACGUAAACAUGUUAGUCCGUCUUAAUCUGAGUUUGAGAAACUCUCAGAUUGUUCAGGUGCUGGAAGGAGAGCUGAAGGUUCUCCUCGUUUCUCCUCCACACCUCCUCUCUGCUGCUUCAAACAGACAAAAAUACUUUAAAUGACGUGUUUUACCGAGUUAUUGGCGAAGUUUGGAGUUAACUGACGGGGGGGCGGGGUCAUUCAUUGUUUGUUUUUGAGGAAUUUCCUGACGUCCAUAAAUGUCCUUUUUUUGGUGUUUUUUUCUCUGUGUUUGUAAAUAAAAACUCCACAAUCAUCCGUGUGACUUCAGACCCUCUCUGUAACAAACCCGAACAAACAAACCGUUAAAACCUGAAAAUAAUCCGUUCACUUACACUCACUCUCUCACCUGUGAGCCUGAGAGGACCUGAUGGUUCUAAACUCACUUUAGUUAGUCGUUUUUUAUUUACACCGUUUAAAUCAACUAAAAGAGGAUCUGCACCGCUUUACAGAGGAGCAGCACACACACACACACACACACACACACACACACACACACACACACACACACACACACACUCACCUGAACGGCUCGUUCCUGACGUCGCUGAAGCGCUGACUCAUGAACAUUUUGACAUUAGCUGCAGUAAAUCCUCAAACUAACAGAACAUUUCCUAAAGUGUGUGAGCU